GCACGGUCGGAGGUGAUGCCAGCUGGGCACGCUUUGCCCCGGGCGGCCCCGUCCGUCCCGCUUGGGCUUCGGCCAUGCGGUGCGACGGCGAUCGCCGCCGUUCUCCGAGGGCCGCUUGGAUCCGCCCACUGGGCACUGCUGCCUCUGCAACUGUGGGUGGGCUGCAGCGGGGCUGGCGGGCGGCGGAGGGAUGGUCCUGAGUCCUGCGACCGCCCUCCUCUCCUCCUCCUCCCCGGCCCAGGACGGCGGGCCACCCUCCCGCCUCGCAGGGAGCCUGGGAAGGAACCGGGCGCCCCUCGGGACGCCAGCGGAAGUGGCUUCCCCUCGCCCGCUCCUCGGGGCGGCUAGAAGCCCGAAAAAGAGGCCUGGCCGACCCUCCAGGCUGGGCGGGCUCCGGGCUGAGUCCGACGGGGCGGGCGGGCGGGCGGCCCUCCUCUCUCCUCUCCGCCUCCCCCGAGUCGCGGCCGCCGGAGCAGCUCGGCAGGCAUCCGAGGAAUUCGCUCCCGCCGAGCGCGGCGCGGGGUCCGGGCGAGGCGGGGCGACGGGGCCGGAGGAAGAAGGGGGAGGACGCCGCCGCCGCCCCGUCAAGUGAUGGCCCAGCCUCUGCUGCGGAAAACUUUCUCCCGCCUGCGGGGCAAGGAGCGCCUGGGGCGCAAAAAGGCGGCGCAGCGCAAAGAGCCAGAUUCUCCUUCCGAGGCUCCAUCAGCUUUGGAGUCCCCCACGGAGUGUGGGCUUCUCCCGCCGGGUGAUGGACGCGCCAAAGGGGCCGCCGUCACCGUGUCGAGGAAGCAAACCUGGGCCAAGUUUGCUUGGAGCAGCCAGGAAGACCCUCGCAGCAGGAAGCUGAGCUCUCCAAAUGCUGCACAGACACCUGCUGACCUCGGCGAAACACUGUCCCCAGAGAGCCACCCCCACAUUGGCUCAGCGGCAACUGGGCCCAAGGACGCCGCUGAACCAUUGGUCGGCCCAGCAGAGGCCCGCACCUCCAACAUCGGCGCCAAGUGCAGUAGCCAGGGGGCCUACCUGCAGAGCCUUGAGAGAAGCAGCCGACACUGGGUGCUCUCCUCGGGGAAGACCCAGGGGGCAGAAGAGCCGGCGGCCGGGUCCAGUACAGAGCAGGAGCCCAGCACGCUCUGCAGCAGCGAAGGGGAUAUCUGGUACAAUCCCAUCCCGGAGGAUGAGGACCUGCAGCUCCCCGACCGCGACAAGAGGUGGGGCAAUGGCGCUGAGAACAGGAGCAGGAAGGGGAAGCCAAGGGAGGCCAAGGCUGCAGGCGAAGGUGACUUGCAGCAGGCAGGUGGCGAUGGUUUGCGGACUUCGCCGAGACAUGCAAGGCCAGCGAAGCAAGCGGAGGAGCCGAGCAGCAGCCACCAGUCCCGGGCCUUUGGGAAAGCGGCAGUUGCUAGUGUGGAGCCUGAGGAGAGGGCCGCGGGCGCCGUGUCAGCAGCCCAGAGCCCCAGUGCCCCCAAGAAGGGCCACUCUCUCUCCAAGGCCAAGUCCCCGGGCCCCGUGCGCAGCCUCUCUAUGAAGAUGAAGAAGCUUCCGGAGCUGAGGCGGAAGCUGAGCCUGCGCAGCUCCCGGACCAGAGAGCCAGAUGGAGGCCCCUCUCCCAAGGAGUCGGGCAACGUCAUCAGCCGCUACCACCUCGACAGCAGCGUGGCUUCCCGGCAGACCCUGGCGCGGGCCAAGGCCCCCAGCAAAGGGGGCUACCUGAGCGACGGCGACUCCCCAGACCUCCUGGCGAAGCCUGAGGCCUGCCUGGGUCUCGAAGGGGGGUCCUUCCGACCGUACAGCUACGCCGAGCAGCCCGGCUGCCUACAGCACCUGUCCGGCCUGGUCAGCAUCCACCUUCUGGGGGUGCAGGACUUCAGGCCCCCCAAGGCUGAAGCGAAGGAGGUCUUCUGUGUCCUACAGGUGGACUCGGUCAACAAGGCCCGCACGGCCCUGCUGCCUUGCCAAGCAGCCUUCCUCAGUCUCAACCAUUCCUUCCAGCUGGAGCUUGAGGAUGCCCAGCUCCUCAAAGUCGUGGUCUUCUCGUGUGACCCUGCGGUGGGCAAGAAUCGAGUCUGCUGCCAUGGCUCCAUCCUUCUGCCCCAUGUUUUCCAAGGUUGCAGGAGUCAACAGCUUGCCAUGCAGCUGGAGCCACAGGGUCUCCUCUACAUCAAACUCACCUUGGUAGACCAGUGGGAUCCAGCCAGCAACCAACAGGAGCCCCAGGUCUUUGGAGUGAAGCUGAGCCAGCUGGUGGAGAGGGAAGGGGCUGCCAUCAAAGUGCCAUUGCUGAUCCAGAAGUGUGUUGCCCAGAUUGAGAAGCGGGGAUUAAAGGUUGUGGGCCUGUAUCGCUUGUGUGGCUCGGCGGCGGUGAAAAAGGAGUUGCGUGAUGCUUUUGAGCGGGACAGCACUGCCGUGGUUCUCUCAGAGGACCUUUAUCCAGACAUCAAUGUCGUUACAGGAAUCCUGAAGGAUUAUUUGCGUGAGCUCCCCGCACCUCUUAUCACUGACCCACUGUACCAAGUGGUCCUGGAAGCCAUGUCCAAUCGGGCGGCUGGGCAGGAGGCGAAAGAGGCGACAACGACAGCUCUCCUGGACUGCCUGCCAGAGGCCGAGAAGGCCACCCUGACAAUGCUGUUGGAUCACCUCAGCCAGGUUGCUGCUUUCCAUGCCUUCAACCGCAUGAACGCCCAGAACCUGGCUGUGUGUUUUGGUCCUGUGUUGCUGAGCCAGGGAGCAGCGGGGCCGGGCCCCUGUGGCCCCAGCCACCACCACCGCACCAUUGCCAGCACCAUGGACUUCAAGCACCACAUCGAAGUGUUGCAUUACCUGCUGCAGGCCUGGCCAGCCCCACGCAGGGUAACCGAAGAGGAGGGCGAGUGCCCGCUGCCCAUCAAGCCACCCCAGCGCCACUGCCGCCCUCCCUUGGACCUGCCACUGCUGCAGACCACCGUCGUGGCCCGGAGCCGCCCUCGAGGCCUGGAAAGCCCUCCUAGCAACCGCUACGCUGGGGACUGGAGUGUGUGUGAGCAGCAGUUUUCGGCAGGGCCCAGGCCGGGCGGCGACACCGACUACGACGAGGUGGCUGGCAGCGAGAGCGACAACGAAGAGGACAACGGAGAUGUGACUCUGACGCACCACAACCGAGCCGUCUUCGUAGGGGACUUCGCCUUGGUGGAAGACCCCGAGGCUCCCUUCAGCGCGAAGCUCAACCUGAAGGACUUUGACGCCCUUAUCUUGGACCUCGAGCGAGAGCUUUCCAAGCAAAUCAAUGUCUGCCUGUGAGCCGUUCACUCGGGGCAGAACAUUGCGAGGCCUAAGGGAGGGACGAAUGCUCCUCUGCCGGGCCCUUCGGACAGCCAGGCUAUGUACAAGCCAAGCUCAGGCGGUUGAUCCUGCCUCCUUAUCAGUAUUCUUUCGGAUCACGGUACUUCGAACCAAGUGGUCCGUAUUUCGUUGUUUUCGUAUGUCUUUUCCCAAAGGGAGGUGCUUUCGCUGUGACUCUGGCUCCCAGAGUGCAGUUUGUAGAGCCCUUUCAACCUCUUAAAUUUCCACCGUGAAAUUUAGUGUGGGGACAGGAAGGAAGCGUUUCUUGUUCCUGCGUGUCGGCGGUUUCGAGGAAGAGAGGAGCUGACCAAGAUGUUGUUUUCUUUGCUUGAUAACGUUGAACCGGUAGUAUUUAAGUAGCACGUUUCUCCUCAUCAUCUAGAGCACUUCCAACAAACCCUCAAAGGUGGGUCAGUAUUAUUACCCUCCCUUUAUUAUAGAUGGGAGCCAAGUUUGUGAAGCUGUCGCUUGCCAAAGGCUAGGCUCCUCUGCGAGUUUGUGCCUGAACAUAGGUUUGAGGGAUGCCCUUGGCAAAGUGUCCUCCAGGCCCUCUUCUGGGUGGGCUUAUCUGUCAGAGGCAGUGGUCUGGGCAGCCAAGAACUUCCAUUUCAAUUUCCCACAAUCCCCCUGAAGGAGCAUCAAACUGGAGCUUUCUGGGAAAUUAAAACAAGAACUCCAAGCCACCGGGUGCUGAUUGGAGCACUGAAAAUAUGUUUGGGGUGGGGGGCAAAGACAGGCAUCAAUGCAGGGGAGAGCAGGGGCAUAGUUUGGAAGGGUGGGCUGCCAGGGCGAUGUCCCUUGGUGCAUUUUUUAAGAGGGGGAUGCACAUUUGGCUUCUUAUAGCCCCCUGGCAGUCCCAAGAUGGCCCAAGGGCCAUGUUGGCUGGCCAGGCUCCCCACUGUGCAGGAGGGCAGCCAGUGCAGCCCUGCUUGGCUCCGAUGGGGUGGGGGGGCACUCUGGCAGCAUUGGUGGCAAGGGCUAGGCUGGCGCAGCAGGCUCCAUUCACCCUCCAUGCCCCACCCCCUGGUGCACCCCAGCCUGCUCCAGGCACCAGCAAACCACGCUAUGCUGCUAGGUGAGGAGGCUGACCAGUUGGUUCAAGGGGUCUGCAUGCUGAGGCCAGACCGAACUGUGUUCCCCUAAUUCUAAUUUAUGGUUUUUAAAAUGGCUCAGCUUUUGUUUUGACUGUGGAACUGGGUGAGCAGUUCAUUUUCACUUUCUUCCUGCCUGAAAGUAGGGUUGCCAUAUUUCAAAAAGUGAAUUUCCAGGCAGAAAAGUUAUUGAGCUUUUUUCUUUGCAAAAUAGGAUGCUUUUGAGCUAUUUCUGAGCAAAAACGACUUCUGACACCAACUGCCGUUCAUCCAGAUUUUCCAAGGCAUUUAACCGAUUUCCACCCGGCCAUUGCUUUGUGGCUACAGUAAUCCAGGAAAUUCUGGAUGUAUGGCAACCCUACCUGAAAAUGAAAGGCUAAAAUCUAUGAAAUGCCCAAGUCUUGGGGGGGGGGGCGCAAGGCAGGAAACCCCAAACCCAGUCGGUUCCUCUGCCCUGGGAGACACUAAAAGUGCAAAGGCUGGGAUUCCAGUUCCUUCUCUGAAAAUUCUCGCAGCGCCGCCUGUGACAGGGGCUUCAAUGUGAUCCUCCCUCUUGUUCUGCAUUGCUGUGCAGCUGAGAUUUCCCCUCCGGUGCCAAGACCUUUCUAUGGCAUUAUUAGCGCCCCCUGACUGCUAAAUUUCUGCUAAAAUGCAGAAAUAGCCUGCUGCCAAGUGGGAUGUGAGAAAAGGAGAAUGGUGCCACCUUGCCAGAAAAACAAAUAACCCUGCCCCCAUUUGCAUCAGAACAUGCCCUUGCAGGAUCAGCCCACUAUCCCAUUUAGGGCAGCAUCCUGCCCUCACAGUGGCCAACGAGGACCUGAGUUACAACAUCUCUCUCCCUGGCUGUGAUUCCCAGCAACUGGCCUGUUGCCUCUGGUGGUGGAUCCAGAAUGUAGCCAUCAUGGAUAGAAGCCAUUGAUAGCCUCAUGUUGCAUUAAUUUGUCUAAUAUCCUUUGAAAGCCACCAAGGUGGGUGGGCAUCGCUACCUCCUAUGGCAACAAGCUCCACACGAUUAGCUGUUCACUAGACUUUCUUUGGUCUGUCCCGAAUUUUUUAAUUGUCAGCUUCGUUGGGUAGCCCCAGCUCCUAGUGCGGUCGUACAUUGGAUCCCAGACGCCUUGCAAGUCGAACAUUUUGGCUCUCAAACGCCACAAACCCAGAAGUAAUUGUUCCAGUUGGCGAACAUUCUUUGGAACCCGAACGUCCAGCACGGCUUCCCAUUGGCUGCAAGUACUUCCUGCAGCCAAUCAGAAACUGUGCUUCGGUUUUUGAACGUUUUGGAAGUCGAACAGACUUCUGGAACGGAUUCCGUUUGACUUCCAAGGUACGACUGUAUUACAAGAGAGGGAGAAAAACCCCUCCCCUGUCCAUUUUCUCCAUACACAAUCUUAUACAACCCCCCUCCCAAGUUGCAGCCUCGUGGAGGCUUUGCUCAUUCUGGUUGCCCUUUUCCUGAACUUUCCCCCAGCUCUACAAUAUAUUUUCUGAAGCACGGCAACCAGGACUUUUAACACAGUGUUUCACGUGUGGCUGCACCUUAGGCCUUCUGUGAUGGCACGGUAAUAUUGGCAGUAUUAUAUUCAAGCCCUUUUCCAAUGAUUCCGCCCCCACAACAUGGGAUGUGCCCCUGUGUGACAGGUAGUGUGAGUCUGACUCUACCUGAGCACACCUUUUUCGGAAGCAUCUCAGCUUCCGGCGGUCCUUUGUGGCACCGGCUGGUUGGCUAGUUCCUCCCUUUCAUAGCAGGAGGAAGUUCUGCAGUGGAGAAUGGCAGCCACUCGCUUCAUCUUAGUCCGCCAUAUUGGGCUAGGCCAAGACGCUCUCCCCAUAGGCCUGGUUAAACCUUUUAUCAUUCAAGUGGGGCAAGCAUGCCAUGGGGCAAGGUGUGUCUCAGAGGGCCUAACUACAUGUGACUGAGGCAGCCCCAGCCUGUGCCCGCCUCCCCACUUGCUGAGAUGCCAAUACGGUUGGCACCUCCCUUGCCAGCAGCUGCCACAGAACUGCAGAGGGGUGUGAGAGCAGAUCAUGUGCUCCUUUGACCAAAUAACGCCAGAAGAUAUGUGUCCCCUGCAAUAGAUUUUUAGACCUUAUGUGCCAGGCCAUAAUCGAGCUGAGAAAUCUGAACUCCAUUUCACAAUCCCCAGAAUGCUGUGUGCAUGUGUUGGUUACUUCCACAUCCUUUUCGGUUUACAUCAUUUCCCCUUAAUGCUGCCUUUGCGAUGCAGUUUUCAGCUGAUAAGAGACCACGUUCUACAACUCGGGAGUGCAAAGCCAUAGCCAGCCUAAUGAAGAAAUGCGGUACGGAAGAUGUGGGCGUUUAAAAAAAAAAAUGUGUAUGUCCUUAUGGACAAUUAAAUAUCUGUGAAUGUACAA